UCUAUCUCUUUCGUUUGGGUGAGAUCGACGAUGACGGAGCGAGUAUAGAAAAUAGAAAGAUUCUGAUUGAAUUGUGAAAGGUGGGACAUAUGUACUCAUUUAUUAGUUUCUUUCUGUCAUAAAAAAGGUUCUAAUUUUGUAAGAAUAUCAGUUACCUAUUAACGAAAUAAUUUCACACAUCAUAUUUAUAUAAUAUUUAUUGAAAAUACAGCAAAAAUUUAUAUUUGAAAUGGAUCCAGGUAUUCUUUGUUUCCACCAUUGUGACCACAAAGUGUUUUGUACUAUUAUCCCAGAACAAUGUCCAGUGUGCACACAGAAACUCGACAGAUAUGAUUACAACUUAUUACCGUUCAGAGUCCCCUAUCCUUUCGUGAAAGCAUCUCAACAUCCCAGAGCUAUAGUUAUGAAACCUACUCAUGGAGAUUUUCUUAAUGAUUAUUAUAAUUCUAAAGAUCUACACAUAGGAGUGACUAACUCACUUGGAAAUGUAGUAGAGUUUAGUGAAGAAGGUAUUCGAGGUGUAGACACUCUUACAAAGAAAUGGAGUACUCGAAACAUGGGUGCUGAAUGGGACCAGUGUUUAUUAUUGGAACAGUUUGAUGAGUUAUGGAAUGAGAUAUGGGACAGUGUAUUGUUGAAGGUGAGCCUUAGUCCACUUUGGGAGGCUAAUAGAUACAACGAAGACAGGCACAACUGUUUCACAUUUGUGUUAGCAUUCCUACGAGCACUGGACUGUGGAGAACUCUCUGAAAAAGCCCAAGAUCCAAAGCAAUUUUGUAAACAAUAUGUUGUGCCAAGAACAUCAGCCGCUGGUAAAUAUAUAUCUCUCUAUAGGCAAUUAAAGAGACAAUGUUUCUUCAUACAAAACCAAUGAUAGCCUACUUAUUAUUAUGUAGGGCUAUUUAUUUAUUACUUAUACAGUAUUAACUGUGAUUUUUAAAUAUUUAAGUAUUAUAAGAUUCUUAAAUUGAUGUGCAUUUAAUUAGACCAAAUUAUAAUUUAGUUUUGAAUACUGAACUAGUUAUUUUGUCAUCUAUCUAAUAGAUUAAUUUGUGAUCUGCUUUUUUAUUUAUUUAAUUUAGUGUUACCCUGUGAUCUGUUUUUAAAAUAAAAGGAAUUGAAUUACUGUUUUGUUAUCAAACUGUAAAAUAUUUGAAUAGGUUUCUUCUAAAUUAAUAAUUACAGGGAUUAUGUUAAAAUGUUUAUAUAGGUAUUUUGUUACAGUUGUGUCCAGAUAGGUAAAAUACCUAUCUGGACACAAAAUUUUAACAACAUUUUAGGUAAGUGUUUUAUAUAACACUCAAUUCUGAAUUUAUUUAAUUCUGAAGUCUUUUAUUUUAUUAUGUACAUAUAAUUUAACUUUCUUGCCUGGAAUUGUAAUAAUAAUGUCAAAAACAUUGUGACCAAUUUUGACAUUAAUUAGAAUAGACAAUUUUGAUAAUGGAGAAAAUCUCUAAAAUGUGAAAUAGUAAUUGUGGGUGUUAAGUUUAAAUUAAGUAAUGACUUAAACUUAACACAGAUUUUUUUAUUAAUAAUUAUUAAUAAAAAAAAUCCUCCAAUUUCGUAAUGAUUACUUUGAAGGAAGUGGAUACUAUUUAGAUGAUACCACUUAAAUAGUUGAUAUUAUAAUGUUGUGAUUAUUUUACUUGUAUUUUAUAAACACAAGUAAAAGUAAUGGCCAUAAAUAAAGAAUAAAUGUAAAGAUGCUGUCAAUUAAAUGUUUCCAAUUGCAUGAAUUAUUAAAUAAUUUUCCUUGCUAUAUUUAACAUUUAACAAAACAUACCUAUUUAACAAAAAUAUUGAUGUAAUAAUUUAAUAAUGUAUUAAAAAGAGGCUCUAUUAUAUAUUUUUAUUUACUAGACAAGUGUUCAUUUUUUGUAUUUUUUUUUUAUUUUUUGCUAGAUUAUGUAAUCGAACAUCUUCCAUAGUCACAAUAUUUCUAUAUUGAUGAUAUUGUAGGUUAAAAAAUGUAAAAUGCUAAGUAUCUUACAUAUCUUAUUCUACAUUAUAUAAUGUUAUUUAUUAAAAAUGUAAGAUUUUUAUUGGGAUAAACCAAAAUAGUGGGUGUCAGUAUAAAGUGUCAAGGAAUGGGUCACUAUUAUGGAUAAAGAAUGAUUGGUGUAUAUUUGUCCAAGUUAUUUCUUUCUUAUAUUAUAUUAUAUUCGAUAAAUUAUUCUAUAUCUAAUAAGAAAAUUAUGGUAUAAUUAAAUUUACGUUUGAAAUGAGGGUAGUAGAGUUCAUAUCAGUCACAAGUGUGUUACAUAAAUAUAAUAUAAAUUUAUAGUCUAGCAGAAUCUUUGUAACUGCUUGUACUGUAGUGUAUGAUUUCACAAACCCCCUUUCGUAACUUACAAUGUAUUCAAUAACUAUAUAUGAAAGAAUAGGAAAUAUCUUUUUUAUUUAUAUAUUUUUAAUUUAAAAGUCAAUAUUCAAAAACGAUUUAUUUCCAAGAAAUAAAAAUACUAUAAUGGUCAAAAUUAUUAGAAGUAAUCAUUUAUCUUAAUUUUGUUUUUUAUUUAAUUUUUUUAAUAAAUGUUUUAUCAUUGCCAAAAAACAAUAUAUUUAGAUAAAUAAUUAAUAUAUUAUAAUAACAUGGUUGUAACACUUUAGCUAUUUAAUGAGUUACGACACUAAAAAGGUUGAGAAAUUAUGUUUUUAUAACCUUAUGUAAUAUGCUUGUUCCUUGGUGCUUUAUAUGUGCUAAAGUCUCUGAACCCCGUUACUUUCCUCUAGGGGUCGCUACUCAUACUUUGGAAAACACUGUCUUAUUUAUACAAAGGUAUUUAAACUUGUAUAUUUCGUGCACCAUAUUAUUAUAACUUUUUAAAUUUUAUAUACUAUAGAUUAUAUUUAUUCCAUAGAUGAAAUAGAUGUCUAGGUUUUUAGUUAUUGAAGUUGCUGUUCUUGCGCAUAAUUAUAUGUUAAUAUAAACCCCAUUGGAAUUAUCUAUCGUUAUAGGGUGCUCAUUGGCUUAUGAAAUUGUCAUUAUAAUAGUUAUGCAAAUGUUUGUACUAUGGUGUUGUAAUGCAUUUAUUGAAUGUGCUUAGGGUCUCGGAAGUAUUGGGCAAAAAAUGCCUUAAAUAAUCUGGUAGGUCCCCUGGAUUUAUUAUUAAAUUUACUUAAAGUACACUGAUAACUGAUUUUGUAAAAUGUCAAACUGAAUUUCAGUUAUUUUUGUGCACAUUUUUUCAAUUGAUCUCAAAAAGAAAAAUUGUGUACGUCAUAACUCUGAUAGUUAGAAACCAAUUUGGAUUUUUUUAUCUGAAUAGACAUAUUUACAUAUUGGUCUCAUCAAAAUUUUAUCAAAAUCGGCUCAGUAGUUUAGAAAUCAAAAUAACCGGUUUUGUAAUUAUUGUAAUCAGUAAUUAUUGAAUAUUGGUUUUAACAUAGAAUAUAUUAUUUUUGUGUAACACAUUCCACUUGUAAUGUGAUAUUGAAAUAUUGAAUAAGCAGUUUUUAAAACUCAGUGAGUGUAAUUUUUCUUUUGGGGAUCGAAUAUAACAUUAGUGCAUCCAGAACAUCCGAGAUCUUAUAUAGAAAGUGUUUAAUUGUUAAAUGGAUGCCCACAUUAUAUUUAAAAGAGCAUAUUCAGAGAGUUGUGAUGUUUAACGUACUUUAGAAUAUCUGUGCAUAUCUGAGUAGUUAGUGUGCGUCUUGUUUUAUACACUAUUCCCAAUAUAAAUAGUCGACGUAAACACUGAGUAUAACGUCAAUCUUUAUACGACUCGCACUAUAUUCCCUUAACUACUUACGCCUCUGAACUAUUAUCGUUUUAAAAUAAUGAUAACACCUCUUUGAAUACUGUCCAACCGUAUCUGUAAUGGAGUUUGAAUAAAACAAUUGUAUUUAUGAAAUAUCAUACUCUAAUUAUUAAUACGGACUUUAGUUCCUAUAAGUCUAUCUAUGUAUGUAAUAUGUAUUGAGACUUGAACAUUUUGUAAACGGAUCUCGAAAAUAAAUCUCUAGGUGCUAUGUUUUAAUAAACUAUUUGUUAAAAUUUAA